GAUUUGAAUCGACUGUCUUCUUCAACACUCUAUUAUAUUUUCAUCAGCUCUUUGUCAUUUCACUCACCGAGUCAACUCAGUCAAAACCAAAUUAACAGUUAAUCAUGGCUAUAAUCUCCGAUUAUCAAGAAGAACAACAACCGAAGAAACCAGCCGCCGCCUCGUCGUCGUCGUCGUCGUCUAAGACAUUACCAUUUAACGCGACGUUCGAUCCGAGAAAUCCGAUAGGCAUAGUGGAGAAGCUCUUUGAUUUUCUGGCGAAGGAGACCGAAUUUAUGGACGAAGACACGGCGGAGAAACAGAUUGUGGCGGCGGUGAAGGCGGCGAAAGAUAAAGGUAAGAGAAAGAAAGCUGAGGAGGAGAAGGAAAGGGUUGCGGAUUUGAAAAGGGUAAAAGAGGAAAAGAAAGUUGAGGUCAAAGAAGAGAAGAAGGAAGUCAAACCGGAGCCUAUGGAGGUCGAGAAGAAAGCGGAGGGAAAGGAAAAGGAGACCGGUCCUCUAGUUCCGAAUAAUGGUAAUGGUCUUGAUCUGGAGAAGUAUUGCUGGACCCAAACCCUGCAAGAGGUCAGCAUACAGGUUCCGGUGCCUCCGGGAACGAAAUCAAGAUUCGUUGUAUGUGACAUAAAGAAAAACCAUCUAAAAAUUGGACUGAAGGGUCAGCCUCCAAUAAUUGAUGGGGAACUUUACAAGCCUAUAAGGGUUGACGAUUGCUACUGGAGCAUUGAGGACCAGAAUACAAUAUCAGUAUUAUUGACUAAGCAUGAUCAAAUGGAUUGGUGGAAAUGCAUUGUGAAGGGAGAUCCUGAGGUUGAUACUCAGAAAGUUGAGCCUGAGAACAGCAAACUAGCUGACCUGGAUCCUGAAACAAGGCAGACUGUUGAAAAGAUGAUGUUUGAUCAGAGACAAAAGUCUAUGGGUCUUCCAACCAGUGAGGAGAUGCAGAAGCAAGAGCUGAUGAAGAAAUUUAUGGCCGAGCACCCCGAGUUGGAUUUCUCAAGGGCCAAGAUAUCAUAGAUUAUUGAUCAAUGCGUUAGCUGUUCGGGUUUUUGAGUCUAUGACUAGGGGCUUCUCUCCUAAUUUUGUUGAUCGCCUUAGGGUCUUGGGAUAAUGAACUUUGUCCUUGGAGUGUUUCACUCUGUUGAUAGUUUUUUCAAGUUAAAAAUGAAUAGACUGAUUUUGUA